AUGGCUUCAGACACUGCAACAAACAUGCCGGGGAUUUCCUCAACAACGCGGACACGGGGGCAAAAGGUAACGCCGCUUCUAGCCGCCAACCUCACUCAGCUGUGCUUUACAAGUACCACCCCUCGUGCGGACAAUGCGAUGCAACUUUCACUGGGGCACUAUGAGUCACUCAACAAAUCACCCACCCCCACGGGAGGCGCUGCAAACAGGGGGGCCAAUCGUCGUUUGGAAAGUGGGAGUUUGAGCUUAAGCAGUGCGACCAUCCCAGAGGAAAUUGUUGUGGGAGCCGCGGAGGUGUUGACGAGAGCGGUUGUGCAACGGCCACGGAAUCCGCACGCCUUCGUCUCGAGGCGUGUCGUGUCAAGCAAAACAACUGCUCUCUUCGAUGUCUUUGGUCAUCACCUGCGUCCUGUGAGUGGUGAGGAUCCACGAAGAAUAAAUGCAACCAUGUAUAAACGACACGAGUCCCAGUCAAUCGAUGGUCCCUUAGGGAACUCCUGCAGCAGCGUCAUUGAUGAGUGUGCUGCCGUCCCUGUCUCCACCCCCGAUGACCAUCUAAGACAAAGUGGGGACGCUUAUGUGCUGGAGCCAAACUUCCCGUCGUCAGCCAAAACACGUGGGUCGAUAAGUAUUAUUUCCAAGACGGCAACCACAUCACCCAUGCUGCAGAGCUCCAUCAUCCAGCUGAGGUCUUCUGCACCAUGUCCAGGAAACGAGUAG